CCCCUCCCUCGUCACUUUUCCUUUUCUGUCUUGUCUUGCAAGCUAGACCCGAGCGACGAAGCGAGCGGAAGCGUAGUGGUUACCGCUUGCCGGCUGGCGCGAAGCUGGAGCAUCUAACGACCAGCUGCUCGCAGACCUCGCGCGGUAAGCGAGCGAGCGUGAAGCUUAACUCUUUCACUCGCUUGCAGCCAACCUCGCUAUCCAACCGCUCAUGAGCCAGCUUUCACACGCUGGACCUUUGAGCCAGCUUCACUUCCCCUCUCGUCUUUCAUCCUACUAUAUAAGCCUCUCGCCCCCACUCCGUAUUCCUCACCACCAUCUCUGCAUCCAACAGCACCUCAGCUGCUGAUCAAUCUCUCUCUCUCACUUUCUCUCUCUCUUCCCAAACACAGACCCACUCAGUCUGCGGAUAAAUAUACAAUCUCUUCAACUUGAGAAGACAGACAUUUUCUGUAGCGGAACAGGCUUCUCAAUUCACAGGUUCUCAGGGCUGAUUGCGGUUCGACGAGCUGUGCCUCUUGCAGUGAGUUUCGUGACAUCGCAGCAUUUCAUUGCGGAUUACAGAAUGGCGUACACGAAGCAAGCCACGCAGAUGAAAUGUGCCGCACUUCUCCUUUUGUUUAGCGUUGCGAGCGUCAUCGAUGGCGCUCGGGUCCUUCGUCCGGAGCCCAGCAAGGAGGUCGGGGGUCUUUUAGCUCGCAGGUAUCUCAGGUUGGUCGAGACGGAAACCAUUCUUGACUACCACAACGGGCCAGUGCUGUCAGGGACUGAUGGAAAGCUGUCGGCUUACGUGAUCUGGUAUGGGGAUUUCAAUGAGACGGACAAGGCGACGGUUCGGGAUUUCUUCGCCUCGUUCCAGGUCGAGAAUGGCACCGUGACGGAUGUGUCCAGAUGGUGGAACAUGACUUACGGCUUCAAGGAUGCGACCGGCGCUAGCGUUCCCAACGAUGUGAUGCUCAUGGGCGAGACGAACAACACUUACUCGAAGGGCAAGAAUCUGAACAACACGCACAUCGAGGAAAUCAUGCUGGACUCGCUCUCCGUGUUCCCGGCCGACCCGAACGCCGUCUACUUCGUCCUCACAGCCGCAGAUGUCGAAGUGGAGGAUUUCUGCAUGAACUCGUGCUCGUCUCACUUCGCCUCCUCUCCUGCAGCCGCCAAUGGCUUGCAGCUGCCAUACGCUUGGGUCGGCAAUGCCAAGGACCAAUGCCCUGGAAUGUGCGCCUGGCCCUUCGCCCAGCCCUCGUACAUGCCUGCCCAGGCCAACCUUCCCCUGCCUCCGAAUGGCGAUGUCGGAGUCGACGGCAUGCUCAUCCAAGUCGCGUACAUGCUCGCCGGCACCGCCACCAACCCCUUCAACAAUGCCUUCUACCAGGGAGAUGCUGCUGCGCCUCUGGAAGCCGGCACUGCCUGCGUCGGCUCUUUCGGUGUCGGAUCCUACAGCGGGUACCCCGGCGAGCUCAAGAAGGAUGUGAUCACAGGGUCCGAGUAUAAUGCCGAGGGAGUCAAUGACAGGAAGUUCUUGCUGCCUGCUCUGUGGGACCCGAACACGAGAAAGUGUACACCCCUCGGCGUUUGAAGUGUCCUCCAUCUGCAUCGAGAGCAGGAGGGCGUACGAGUUUGCCAGCUACUGUACACAUUAUUUUUGUAGGUCUUUCUAGAUUCGAGUUGGACUGUAAAUAUCGGGAUCUUCGUCAGGUGGUAGGAGGUAGAGUAGACCGCGAGAUAAGCUUCUCAUAGCGUACGCAUCGACACAUUGGUCGGUUACUGUCUUAUACAUUCAUUCUUUAUUAUCGGAGGUGCAGAAAUUGCUGCCAUCCUUGCCAUACUCCUUGUUCCAACACUCUCUCGUGGUUCCCGUGGGAGAUUGCUUUCGAUCUGAUUGUCUGCGCCUUCAUCUCGUCUCUACGUCUAUUUUGUUGUACAAUCUCAUCCGACGCCUCUUCGCUGCUGGCACACGAGCCAAGCUAGAGUUGCUGCUGACAGGUAUAGUGGGAAAUUCUGUACGAUUGUCGAAACACCCUCCUCGCGUACCAGGCUUGACUCACUGGUGGAGUGUGGAACGUAAGCAAGAAUUCCGGUAAGGAGGUGAGGAAGACUUGACCUUGUAUGCAACUUAUGACGGACUUCGUUUGAAACGGGCAACUCACAAUUCUGCAGCUUGCACACGACUCAAGGAAUCUUCGCCAACCUCCAGCCUCCGGUGUUGUAUUGUCUGCUACUAACUUUCCCGUCCGUCUUUUCAGUCAUAAACAUGAUAAACAUGGUUUUUAUUAGAGCGGAGGUACCGAGCAAAACCAACUCUGCUGGCAUAACUUUUAGUAAGAUGAAAUGUCUGCGAUGUGCACUUCAAUACUGCGCUUGACUGAAAUUGACCUGCCAGUCGUCGCCUUGGAGGAAGCGAAUUUCCCAACCUGUGAGUUGAUUAUUCAAUUCUCUGAAAAUGUACUCAUGUACUGGUCUCACAAGUCAGUUCGUCCAUGAGGUUGCUAUCAUAAAAGAUCGGCUGUCCUUGGUUCUCCUUCACUGAAGUCAAAUUGCCGAAGUGGUUGAUACAUGUUAGAAUUUGAAGGAUGGCAUUCGAUAAACAUUAGAGCAGGUUGUAGUCGAAUUUUGCUGGCAUCCUUUUUCUACCAUCGCAACAGCUGGUGUACUGGACUUUGCAAGGAAUCCGCACUGGAGCCAUGGAGAACAGACUUAAGAGAUCUAUACAUAUACAGAAACAGCAUAUGGCAAGCUCCGUCUAAGUCAUAAAGCUGUUCCGGGAGAGCAAAUUAAACUGAUAAUAGUAUCUGUGCACCUGUCUGUUUUGCUGUCAUCUUGGAAUGCAUAACUAAAAGUAAAGCUCCCCAAGCUACUGCAGCCUUUGCUCAUGUAUUAGCGUUGCUCUGUUCGACGUGGAAUGUGUCGGAAAUAUUGUUGGGAUAGAACGGUGUCAUCUACAUGUAGGAAAUGUGGCCUUCAUCGGAAUCUGAGCUGGAGGUGACAGAGGAAGGCAUGCACUUUCAAUGCGUUCAGUUUCGAAUUAAAACUUUCUUGGGAUGCGUACAUGGCUAACGCCAUGAGAAAGUGUUGACAUUGAUAGUCCUUCAAGUACUUUUGUCCAUAGCAACUGAACUUGAUCAGAGGUUCGUCGGUUUAAUAGAACGAUCUUUGCGAAGCUCGUUCUACACAGUGAAUAGAGACUUGAAAGUAGCUAAACGACUCGACUGAGCAGUUAUAGCAUGCUCAUAGAGAGAUUUGCAACCGUGAUUAACAACAUAUCUGUAUCAUUACAGGUAAACCCCCUAUAUCCGAGGAAUGCUUUAAGUUUAUCUAAAUUUUAGUCUCAUUGUAGACGGUAAUCCUCUCUAUAAUCAUAACUCACACAAGUUAAUCGAAGAAAUAUGAUGAAAUAAGAAAGAAGAUUGGAACGUUCUCUGUUUCGAUCAUAUAUUCAAAAGAAUAAAAUAUGUUCUGCUGUUUUGAUCG